CAACAACCCUUCCAGGCUAGGGCGAAGUGUCAGUGUAGCCUAGCAGCAGGGUAGCUAAGCCUGAUUUUUCUGGGGCAUUUUGCCGAUUUGUUUUGUUGUUUUUUUAUAAUUAGUGUGCUGUAGCAUCCCAGAAAUGUCGUUGUUUGGUAAGAUAUUUGGAGGAGGAGGAAAAGGGGCAAAGGGACCGAGCCCACAGGAGGCGAUCCAGAAACUCCGAGAGACGGAGGAGAUGCUAACGAAGAAACAGGAAUUUCUAGAGAAAAAGAUCGAGCAGGAGCUGCAAAUUGCCAAAAAGAACGGCACGAAAAACAAACGAGCGGCUCUGCAGGCCUUGAAAAGAAAGAAGCGGUAUGAGAAGCAGCUCGCCCAGAUUGACGGCACAUUGUCAACCAUCGAGUUCCAGAGAGAGGCUCUGGAGAACGCCAAUACCAACACUGAAGUGCUCAAGAAUAUGGGCUACGCUGCCAAGGCUAUGAAAUCUGCCCAUGAAAACAUGGACAUUGACAAGGUGGACGACCUGAUGCAGGACAUUACAGAGCAGCAGGAGCUGGCCCAGGAAAUCUCUGACGCCAUCUCCAAACCUGUCGGCUUUGGAGAGGAGUUUGAUGAAGAUGAACUGCUGGCGGAGCUGGAUGAGCUAGAACAGGAGGAGCUGGACAAAAACCUGCUGGAGAUCGGGGGAUCAGAAAAUGUCCCCCUCCCCAACGUGCCUUCUACUUCAUUACCUGCCAGACCUGCCAAGAAAGAGGAGGACGAGGACGACAUGGAGGACCUGCAGCGCUGGGCGAUGGAAGCCAUGUAAACGCGGGAUCCGCCAGAUCAUACCUGCAUCUGAGAGGGAGGAGGAAGGAGGAAGGGGAAAUGAAUGGACUGAUAGGAUGUUGUGUAUGAGUAUUUUUGUGUGUCUGAGGAGAGCUGCUUUAUGUAACACUACGAAAAAGCAAAAAUGCUGUAGUCUUAUUUUUUAUUUUUAUUUUUUUUCCCCGUCCCCUUCACAAACCCCUGGGUGCUCAGCAAACGAGCUGGGUUGGGGCUUUUAUAUCGAAGCUCUGUCACUGUACCAUGGCAAAGUCACCUAAUAUAUUUAACCUUGAUUUUAAUACAACAUUAGCACCUGGUGGGCCUAUUUCAGUGCCCACAUAGUUCAUAUUGAAGUGUAAUAUUAUGAACUCUGUGGUGCGAUAAAGGAGUAGUCAGAUUAGUAUGGCGUUGUUAACAUCACUGGAUGACAGGGGAGUUUUCAUGGGAGCUUAAUCCUCAAAGAUGUGUUUCCAACUCACAUAUUUACCUGUAUUUGUGGCGUCUUUCCUUCUUGACAAAAAUAACAAUCCUUUGCUUUGUUGUUUUUUUUUUUUUUUUUUUUUCAAUGCUCUUGAAAAUCGGAGAACAGUUGAGCAUGAGCUGGGUGGUGAAGCUAUGAACUGUGUGUUUUCCAGAAUCUGAACCUCUUGUUUUGUUUCAGGCUGCGCGCUUUGUUUCCCCCCCCCCCCGCCUCCUGUCGCCAUUUCAGCGACUUCUCCCUCGCUCAAAGGCGUUCUCACCAGUGGUUCUUGUUAUUUGGUGUAAAUAUCCCAAAUGUGUCUCUUUUUUAUAUGCUGUAUUUCUGCCGUCACUGGGAGGUUCUGUUGCGGCUGUGCGAAGCAUGCAACAAUGGGAAAUCACAACACAGAUCACAAUGCACGGCCAGAAAGAGAGAUGUUAAACCUAACACUUUCAUCCUGCUCUGUCUGUCUCGGUCCUCCUCGUAAGGGUUUAUGUUUCAAAUCAUAUAAUGUUAAAAAAAAUAAUAAUAAUAAACUAUUGUCACAUCUUAUUAACUCGUGAAGGAGAUGGUGGUUUAUAAAAGAUUAGAAUACAGUCAAUCUACAACAUCAGCGUUUUGGAAUUUAUGGAGGUUCUUCCUUUAGUUUUUCAAAGUCAUGAUGUACAUUUUUUACUUAGGAAAAAAGCAACAACACAAGGAUGGAUGGACAAGCAUGUUUGCAUUUCUAUGUUUUAUUUAUCCAGAUGAGAAUAUUAUUUGCAAAAUCAUUAAAGGUUUUCAAUUCUU